UCGUAUCGGACUGCAAAUCCCUGGGCGCGCGUAGCGAUUACAACGUAGCGACUACACGGUGUUGUUCUCACGUACUUACCUUUCCUGUGGCCGUGCAGAAACGUGGUGGAGUGGUCGAAUCGACUAACGCGUUUUCCGAGGGCUCCCUACUAGUGCUCCCACGCUGAAGGGUUCAGCCGAACAUGUCUCUUUACGACGGCCUGGGCUUGGACUCGAAGGACAAAGGCCCGAGGGAUCAGAAAGCUGAUCUGGCGGGAUGGUCGUCUGGUAUAAAGCUGUUGCAGUCGCAGCUGCAGCUGAAAAAGGCUGCCAUGACGCAACCCAGGCGGGACGUUGUCCGCAAGGGAAGUGCAAUCAUGGCUCCUGUGAUGGACCUGAAGUCCCGCAGGGAUGACCCAGACGACAUGCCACCUCCUCCAGCGAUCUUUGCCCAGGGCAGAGAAGGACCCAACACAGCCUCGUUGCUUGGCGGAGACUGGGACGUCCGAUUGGAGUAUGACCCCUUGUGGCCCAAUGACUACGAGAAGUUGAUGAAAGAACGCCGAGAGCGGAAGGAGAAGGAAGAUCGCAAGCAUGAUGACAGGAAGCGGCGAGACAAGAGUGACCGUGACCGGGACCGUGAUCGGGACCGUGAUCGUGACCGUGAAAAGGACCGUCCCCCAGUUGAUGACACCUCUCCCCCUCGACCGUCGAGAACUGGUUUAACGGGGGCAGCGAUUGCACCGCCGCCCUCACUUGUCCAAGAGACAGUUAGCCGAGAUGACUCUGGCAGCCCAAGGCCAGGCAUCGGGUCCGGGUCAGUAGCUCAGCGCAUCAUGGCUCGCUACGGCUACAAGGCGGGCCAGGGUCUGGGCAAGCAGGAGCAAGGAAUGAGCCAGGCAUUGCAAGUGGAGAAGACAAGCAAGCGGGGCGGUAAAAUCAUCCACGAGAAGGACAUUGCAAAAGAGCCCCUGCCCCCACCAGCACCUCCGAUGCCUCCUCCAGUUAUGGGUCCUCCUCCAUCAGCCCCUAGUCAGCAGCAGCAACAGCAACAGAAUGAAUCCAUCACUGACAUGAUGCGCAAUCCAUCCAAGGUGGUCCUCUUGAGGAAUAUGGUGGGACCCGGCGAGGUUGAUGACGACCUGGAGCCAGAGACGAAAGAGGAGUGCUCCAAGUACGGAGAAGUGGUUCGCUGCCUCAUCUACGAGAUACCUGGCGUCGCUGAUGAAGACGCCGUACGCAUAUUCAUCGAGUUCAAAAGCAUGGCAUCCGCCAUCAAAGCUGUUGUGGACACGAAUGGCCGUUACUUCGGUGGUCGUAUCGUCAAGGCAUCCUUUUAUGACCAUGACAAGUUCAAGCGUUUUGAGUUAGCCGACUGAAUUUUCAUCUACGCAAUCGUGCUCUGUACAUAGUACCUCUUUUUUAUAAUACCCAUGGCAUAAAUAAAAAUGUCGUUUCAUUUGUUUAAUUCCAGCA